AUGGUUUCCCCGCAAAAUCCCCCGCUUGUCGUAUUCGGCAAGCACACAUUCGUGGCUGAGGAGCCCGAUGAAGUCAACUUUAUGGUCGGCGAGCCGAUCCUGGUCCUCGAAAAGGACGAAUUGUUCGGCGACGGCUGGUGGAAGGGCCGAAAUCUUCGAGGCGAAGUCGGCCUGUUUCCUGCCAACUUCAUCACCCCGGAAAAUAUCCGCAACGUCAGUAUCCAGCCGCUCCUAGAAGUCAACGACGAGUGGCCCGACAGCCCAGCCGAGUCGGCAGCCGCUCGCCCAGCAAGCAUCAAGCUCGCGGCGCCUGCUCGCGGCGCCAGCAUCAACAACCCUGUUGCCUAUGUGAACUCGCUUCCGUCAGCCCAGCCCACCGAUUGGUCGCCUCACCAGGUCCAGCAAUGGCUCAUCAGUACUGGCUACGCCAAUGUGACACGGAUCUUUGUCGAAAACGCCGUCACUGGCGCCCAGCUGCUUCAGAGCACGCUGAAUUCGCUGCGCGACCUCGGCAUCGAGAGCUUGACCCUCCGGAUCGACUUGAUGCAAAGCAUCGUGGAGCUGAAAAAGAAGUGCGAGCUAGGCCUAUCUGAGUCGCGAACAGCGCUGCCAAGCGAAAGCGACCCGUCCUCAACACAGCCCCAGCAUCUGUCGUACUCGUCUUCGCCGUCCCCACCACCACCGUCGAGAGUGGGAGCCGCCAAGGCCUCAGCCAUCUCCGAAGCCUUCACCCUCAGCGACUAUCUGGACGCCAACAACACCCGUGCCUCUGGGUCGGAUGCUCGCUGGAGUGGAUCGACAGCCUCGGCGGGUGUUCCGCGAUUUGACGCCUUUGACGACCCACACAUACCCACACCCGACACUGCCGAGCCGUUCUUCUACGACAGCAACCCGAGUCAGUCAAAUAGCGGCGACUACUCGCUGGAGCCACCCUCACCCCGGUAUCAGACCAAUCGGCUCAGUACGGCCUCCAUAUCAUCUCAGCCCCAGGUCGAAGGACUGCACGUAAACGUGCACGACUUUAGCAACACGGACUACGAGGGCCAACUGAUGGUCAAGGUCGGAAACGAAGUCGUAUGGAAGAAACGGUGGUGUUUGGUGAUCGGAGACUCGAUGUUCAUCUUCAAAUCCCAAGAGAACAAGCAUCCCAUUCAUGUCCUCACCCUUUCGGAAGGGUUCUCGAUUUUGCCUGACGACGAUAACAACAAAGCCAAGUUUGCCUUCAAAGUGACUCGACCCAGUACCUCGCCGUACAGGUUCUCCUGCGAAACCCAGAUCGGUCUGAUUGGAUGGAUCAAUGCUGUGGUCCGAGCCUCCCAACGCGCUCCCAAGCACGGUCCGGUGGCCCUCGUUCCAAUCCAAUCCAAGGAGUCUAGCCGGCCCAACUCUGGCCAAGAAGACCCGAGCGAAAAGUUCGCGGCAAUCCAAAUCCAGACCCCGCGACUCAACCAAGCAACUGUCCGAGGCACACACACGGUCUCGGUCCUGUCGCACCAGGAGCUUCCAAAGGCGAAAUACUUUCCAUCAACCCGCCGCCCUUCGCUCCAGACCGACGCUCUGAUGCUUGGUGACGGUGGUGCCACCCCGCAGAUGCCGACACAAGCCCCCAGAGCCGUUUACCGCGGCACGCCGUCUCCCAGCUUUGCGUCCCUACCGAUGAGCCGCUCUGUGAGCCACGAGGCCUCUGGCUUCGGCAGUCUGUCGCUGACCCGCUCUCUCAACAGUGGGUCCCCUGUGUCAGGCCUUCGUUCCAACCCUUCGCCUCGUAGCGCCUAUCCGAUCGCCAGCAGCACCAGCGCAUCGCCCAUCCCAUCGACUCUCUCUCCCAACGGGCUGUCGUCAUCGCCAAACACACAAAAGUCCUUCAUCGGCACCGGGCGCAUCCACGAGGCCGGCCGCGACACCAUUUCGAGCCGCGGCAGUCGCGCAAGCCACGGCAGUGGCGGCGAUAGCUCGCCGCUGUCGACGUUUGCUAAUUAUACGCGCUACUUCACCAGUCGCUCCAACGACUCGCACCAUGGAUCGUAA